CGGCCGGCGCGGGGGAAGGGCGAGGCUGCGGGGCCGGGCGGCGUGUGCCGGUCCUGCCGCGCUCCGGAGGCGCAGUUUAGUGGAAAAGGGGAAGGGGGUAGAAAAGGGAAGCGGUUUAAAAUAGCCCCCGGUCGCUCCGGGGGGUGGCUCCCGGUCCGUGCCGUGGCGGGGGGGCAGCGGGGCUCUGGUGCAGCCGCAGCCCGGGGGGCUCGGCCGUGAGAGGGGCGGGCGGCUCUGCCCUCGCUGCUCCCCUCGCCCGCCCGCCCUCCCUCGGGGCUUUUUUUGUGUGUGGGGAACGGGCAGGAUGAGCUUGCGGAGUUUUGCUGGAAUUUCUCCUUCCUUUCUGAGGCGCUGCCGCUGCUGAAGCAGAUUUUCCCCUUCCUCUCUUUUUUUUUUUUUUUUUUUUUUGUCUGAUGCAGAAUCCCAGUAGCUAGGCAGCCUCCCUCUUUUCUUUCCUGCCUUCCUUCCUUCCACCCCUCCGCUAUGUAGGGAGGGACGGGCAUCAAUGGAAAGGCUGAAAUGCGCGUAGAUGGACUUGCAGAUGCAUUUUUUCACGAAAGAGGAGGAUAAAUCCCGCUUGCCCCCGCACUGACUUUUUUUAUUGCUGUUGCAUCGCCUGGAAAAAUGGGGUUCGCUCGCUCCUGCUGAAUCCUCGGAGCAUUCCAGAGAGUUUGCUGCAGUGAAGGACUUCUCUAAUUUUUUUUGCGUCGGAGGAGCUGCAUUGAUGUUACGCGUUUUUUUUGUAAAAUGGAGAACGAGAUCUUCACACCCCUUCUGGAGCAGUUCAUGUCGAGCCCUCUCGUCACCUGGGUUAAGACAUUCGGACCGUUAGCCGGAGGAAAUGGGACCAACCUGGAGGAAUAUGUGGCGCUGGUGGAUGGAGUGUAUCUGAACGAAGUCAUGCUGCAAAUCAAUCCAAAGUCUGCCAAUCAGAGGAUAAACAAAAAAGUCAACAAUGAUGCCUCGUUAAGGAUUCAAAAUUUGUCUAUUUUGGUGAAACAAAUCAAAACUUACUAUCAGGAGAACUUGCAGCAGCUCAUCAUGAUGUCUUUGCCAAAUGUGUUAAUAAUUGGCAAAAAUCCCUUUUCUGAGCCAGGUACUGAAGAAGUAAAAAAGCUCCUCCUGCUUUUACUUGGUUGUGCAGUUCAGUGUCAGAAAAAAGAAGAAUUUAUCGAAAGAAUCCAAGGCCUGGAUUUUGACACCAGAGCAGCUGUUGCAGCCCAUAUUCAGGAGGUCACUCACAACCAGGAGAACGUGUUUGAUCUGCAGUGGAUGGAUGUCAUUGUGCUGACACAGGAGUAUGUGGAACCUCUCUUGAAAAACAUGGCACUGCAUUUGAAAAGACUUAUAGAUGAGAGAGAUGAGCACUCAGAGACCAUCAUCGAGCUGUCGGAGGAGCGGGACUGUCUCCGUUUCCUACCUCACGCGUCGGCGGCGCAGUCCCCGUGCGGCUCCCCCGGCAUGAAGCGCACGGAGAGCCGGCAGCACCUCUCCGUGGAGCUGGCAGAUGCUAAAGCCAAGAUCAGGAGGCUCAGGCAGGAGCUGGAGGAAAAGACUGAGCAGCUGCUUGACUGUAAACAAGAACUUGAACAGAUGGAAGCUGAACUGAAGAGACUUCAGCAAGAGAACAUGAACCUGCUGUCGGAUGCCCGCUCUGCCAGGGUGUACCGGGACGAGCUGGACGCGCUGCGGGAGAAGGCGAUCCGGGUGGACAAGCUGGAGAGCGAGGUCGGCCGCUACAAGGAGAGGCUCCACGACAUCGAGUUCUACAAAGCCAGAGUGGAGGAGUUGAAGGAAGACAAUCAAGUGCUGCUGGAAACCAAGACAAUGUUGGAAGAUCAGUUGGAGGGGACUCGAGCCCGUUCAGACAAACUGCACGAGUUAGAGAAGGAGAAUCUGCAAUUAAAAGCUAAAUUGCAUGAUAUGGAGAUGGAGCGUGACAUGGACAGAAAGAAGAUUGAGGAGCUCAUGGAGGAGAAUAUGACCCUGGAAAUGGCUCAGAAGCAAAGCAUGGAUGAAUCUUUGCAUCUUGGCUGGGAGCUGGAGCAGAUCAACAGGACUACUGAACUCUCUGAAGUGCCACAGAAAUCACUGGGCCAUGAGGUGAACGAGCUGACAUCCAGCAGGUUGCUGAAGCUGGAGAUGGAAAACCAAAGUUUGCUGAAGACAGUGGAAGAACUGCAGAGUGCCGUGGGUUCUGGGGAGGGCAGCAGUUCCAGGAUCCUGAAAAUGGAGAAGGAAAACCAAAGACUUAGCAAAAAGCUGGAAGAGCUGGAGAAUGAAAUGAGCCAAGAGAAACAAAGUCUUCAGAACAGUCAAAAUCUGAGCAAGGAUUUGAUGAAAGAGAAAGCACAGCUUGAAAAGACACUGGAAGCACUUAAAGAAAACUCCGAGCGACAAAUUAAACUGUUAGAACAAGAAAAUGAGCACUUGAAUCAAACUGUGGCCUCUCUCAGGCAACGCUCACAGAUCAGCGCCGAGGCAAGAAUGAAGGAGAUUGAAAAGGAAAACAAAAUCCUUCACGAGUCCAUUAAAGAGACCAGCAGUAAGUUAAACAAGGUGGAGUUUGAGAAAAAACAAGUCAGGAAAGAACUGGAACACUACAAAGAGAAAGGGGAGAGGGCAGAGGAGCUGGAGAACGAGCUGCAUCGGCUGGAGAAGGAGAACGAGCUGCUACAGAAAAAAAUCACUAAUCUGAAAAUCACCUGUGAGAAGAUCGAGGCCUUGGAACAGGAGAACUCUGACCUGGAGACCGAGAACAGAAAGCUGAAAAAAACCUUGGACAGCCUAAAAAACCUCACUUUCCAGCUGGAGUCCUUGGAAAAGGAGAACGCGCAGCUCGACGAGGAAAACUUGGAGCUGAGGAGGACAAUUGAAUCCUUGAAGUGUACGAGCAUUAAAGUGGCACAGCUACAGCUGGAAAAUAAAGAGCUGGAGAGUGAAAAGGAGCAGCUCAAAAAGAGCCUUGAGCUCAUGAAAGCCUCUUUUAAGAAGACUGAACGCUUGGAGGUCAGUUACCAAGGGCUGGACACGGAAAACCAAAGGCUCCAGAAGGCCCUGGAAAACAGCAAUAAGAAGAUUCAGCAAUUAGAAAGCGAGCUCCAGGAUUUAGAGUCUGAGAAUCAGACCCUGCAGAAGAACUUGGAAGAGUUAAAAAUCUCUAGUAAGCGCCUGGAGCAGUUGGAGAAGGAGAACAAGUUGUUAGAGCAAGAGACUUCUCAACUGGAGAAGGAUAAGAAACAGCUAGAAAAGGAAAAUAAAAGGCUUAGACAGCAGGCAGAGAUUAAAGAUAGUACUUUAGAGGAGAACAAUGUCAAAAUUAGUAACCUGGAAAGGGAAAAUAAAUCUCUGUUCAAGGAAAUUGUCGUGUACAAAGAGUCCUGUCUGCGCCUGAAAGAACUGGAAAAGGAAAAUAAGGAACUGGUGAAAAGAGCAACCAUUGAUAAGAAAACCCUGGUCACCUUGAGAGAGGACCUGGUGAAUGAAAAACUGAAGACUCAACAAAUGAACAACGAUCUGGAGAAACUUGCCCACGAGCUGGAGAAAAUAGGCCUGAACAAGGAGCGGCUCCUGGAGGAUGAGCAGAGCAGUGAUGACAGUAGGUACAAGCUCCUGGAGUCCAAACUGGAAUCCACGCUCAAGAAGUCUCUGGAAAUCAAAGAAGAGAAAAUUGCUGCUUUGGAGGCUCGUUUGGAAGAGUCCACAAAUCUCAACCAGCAGCUGCGUCAGGAGCUGAAAACAGUGAAAAAGAACUACGAAGCUCUCAAGCAAAGACAAGAAGAGGAGAGGAUGGUUCAGAAUUCCCCGCCGAGAAGUGGAGAAGAAAAUCAGUCCGUCAAUAAGUGGGAGAAGGAAAAUCAGGAAACGACCAGAGAAUUGUUGAAAGUUAAAGACAGAUUAAUUGAAGUGGAGAGGAAUAACGCGACGCUGCAGGCGGAGAAGCAGGCACUGAAGACGCAGCUGAAGCAGCUCGAGACUCAGAACAACAACCUGCAGGCCCAGAUCCUGGCCCUGCAGAGACAGAGCGUGUCCCUGCAGGAGCAGAACACCACCCUGCAGACCCAGAAUGCCAAGCUCCAGGUGGAAAACUCCACCCUGAACUCCCAGAGCACAUCCCUGAUGAACCAGAACGCCCAGCUGCUCAUCCAGCAGUCGGCCCUGGAGAACGAGAACGAGGGCAUGCUCAAGGACAGGGAGGACCUCAAGGGCCUGUACGAGGCCCUGCUGAAGGACCACGAGAAGCUGGAGCAGCUGCACGAGCGCCAGGCGGCCGAGUACGAGUCGCUCAUCGCCAAGCACGGCAGCCUCAAGGCCGCCCACAAGAACCUGGAGGUGGAGCACAAGGACCUGGAGGACAGGUACAAUCAGCUGCUGAAACAGAAGGUGCAACUGGAAGAGCUGGAGAAAGUUCUCAAGGCAGAACAGGAGAAAAUGCUGCAGCAAAGUGAAAAGCACGAAACAGUGGCAGCAGAAUAUAAAAAACUUCGCGAUGAGAACGAAAGGCUCACUCACACCUACAGUCAGCUCCUGAGGGAGAAUGAGGUUCUCCAGACUGACCACAAGAAUCUGAAAACGCUGUUGAACAAUUCCAAACUGGAGCAAACGCGGUUGGAAGCGGAGUUUUCCAAGCUCAAAGAACAGUACCAGCAACUGGAUAUCACGUCGACAAAGCUGAAUAAUCAGUGUGAGCUGCUUAGCCAGCUCAAAGGGAACCUGGAGGAGGAGAACAGGCAUCUGCUGGAUCAAAUUCAGACUUUAAUGCUGCAAAAUAGGACAUUACUGGAGCAGAACAUGGAAAGCAAGGAUCUCUUCCAUGUGGAGCAAAGGCAGUACAUUGACAAGCUCAAUGAACUGAGGCGGCAGAAGGAGAAACUGGAGGAGAAGAUAAUGGAUCAGUAUAAGUUCUAUGAACCAUCUCCACCCCGAAGGAGAGGCAACUGGAUCACCCUGAAGAUGAGGAAGCUGAUCAAGUCCAAGAAGGACGGGAACCGGGAGCGGCUCAAGUCCGUGACCCUCACGCCCACGCGCUCGGAAUCCAGCGAGGGCUUCCUGCAGCUGCCCCACCAGGACAGCCAGGACAGCUCCUCGGUGGGCUCCAACUCCCUGGAGGACGGGCAGACCCUGGGCACCAAAAAGAGUAGCAUGGGUGCACUGAAAAGACUGCCCUUUUUGAGGAACAGACCGAAGGAAAAAGACAAAAUGAAGGCCUUCUACCGUCGCUCCAUGUCCAUGAAUGACCUGGUGCAGUCCAUGGUCCUGGCAGGAGGACAAUGGACAGGUAGUUCUGAGCAUCUGGAGGGUCCCGAUGAUAUGUCCACGGGUAAAAGGAGGAAGGAAUUGGGAGCUAUGGCCUUCUCCACCACAGCCAUCAACUUUGCCACUGUCAACUCCUCCACAGGCUUCAGAUCCAAGCAGUUGCUAAAUAAUAAAGAUACUACAUCCUAUGAAGAUGUAAGUCCCCAAGGUAUUAGUGAUGAUUCUAGUACAGGAUCAAGAGUUCAUGGAGUGCAGGACUUUGUCUGUGCAGAUGCUCUUGCUCCUGCUGCUCGUGGCCUUCCAGCCCUGUGCCAGGUUCCCUGUCAGAUCUGUUUGCCCUUUUCCAAAGUGUCCUCUUGGACCGCCUGGAAAUUGCUCCGCUUUCUGAUGUCUUCCAGACCAGCCAGCCUUGAUAGUGGCAGGACAUCCACUAGCAAUAGCAAUAACAAUGCUUCACUCCAUGAAGUCAAAGCAGGCGCAGUGAACAGCCAGAGCCGGCCCCAGAGCCACAGCAGUGGGGAGUUCAGCCUCCUGCACGAGCACGAGGCCUGGUCCAGCAGCAGCAGCAGCCCCACCCAGUACCUGAAGGGUCCCACCCGCUCCAGCCCCGUGCCCCAGCUGAGAACUCCCGAGGCGCUGGAGAGCCGCGGAAAACCCCCCAAAACGGGCUCUCCCGGCAGCGAAGUGGUCACCCUGCAGCAGUUCCUGGAGGAGAGCAACAAGAGUAACUCCAGUGAGAUGAAAUCUGCAAGUGAGGAGAACCUUCUAGAUGAAGUGAUGAGGAGCCUGUCUGAGUCUGCGGAGCUGGCAGGGAGGGAGAGGCUCCGGAAGCAGCCGGGCGCCGGCUGUGGGAUCGUGAGAUCCUUGAGUGUCAAAAACACCGUGGAUUUCUCGGACGGCCGAUCCCUGAAGCCGGAGCAGCUGGUGAGGCCCAGCGUCCGCAAGACUGACGAUCUCUACUUCAGCAGCUCCCCCAUCAAAUUCCCGCCCGGAGCCCAGGGCAAGGCCCGGGCGGUGAAGGACAAGCUCCAAGCGACUGUGUCCCAGCGCCAGUCCCGGGACUGCAAUCCCUACGCCACCUUACCUCGUGCCAGCAGCGUCAUCUCCACGGCGGAAGGGACCACCCGCAGGACGAGCAUCCAUGACUUUUUGUCCAAGGACAGUCGGCCGCCCGUGUCGGUGGAUCCGGCGGCGCCCGCGGCCGACAGGAGCGCUCCGCCCAGCUCCAGUGAGUACUCAGCACACGGGUUCUCCUCCCCCUGUGCCCACUGGGUGCCCUACAGAGCAGGGGGUGUCCCGCAGGGCGAGGCCACGCCGCGUAAUUUGGGAUGUAACUCCGAGGUGCCCGGGCCUUCCAGGCCGGAAAGGCCAAAUUGCGGGGAGAGGACUUUGCCGAGCGCGAGCGUGUUCUGGGAUAAAGUCAGUGGAUCUGGGCCUGGCAGCGCAGGAUCCUUUACUGUGCCCCAGCCAUUCUUAUCCCUGAACACGGAGUUAGUCAGUAAUAUCAGUGGAGUGCCCCAGAGACCCACCUCCCGAGCAGCUGAGCAGGCAAACCCGUCGGCGUUUAGGUCAGUGCCCUGGAUCCAGGAACAGCCUCGUGCUGCUCAGAGCCCUGCCCAGGGCGAGCCACGGGCAGCCCAGCCCAGGGAGCCCGUCCCUGCCCCCGGUGCCAGCACCGGCGAGGCCGAGUGCCCGCUGCUGGUGUCGGAGGAUAACCAGACCCUGUGGUAUGAGUAUGGCUGUGUAUGAGGAGGAGGUUGUGUCGUUACACGUGCUGGAGUCUAACAUGCCGUAGGGCUGUUCUCCGUGCCCGCUGGAUCACAGAGAAAACCUCCCCUCCAACGAACAGCCCCUCUCUGGUCGGUCCCUGGGCGGUUGUGUCCCGCGGCCGUGGACUGUGGCAUGUUGGAAUGUGGAACUGUAACCCCACCAAAGCCUGCAUGAGACCUUAAUUGCACUGUGUACAUCCUGCAUGCCUCCAUAAUGCCGUGUUGUUGUGUGUCACGCAUCACAAACAUUGGGUGUUCUCCUCUUGGUCACUGCUGCAUGUCAAACCACACGCAUGCUGCGUCCCGGGAACGGCAUUCCUGGGAAAGGACGGUGCUGCCAGUUGUGCUCCAGCUCUCAGGGGUGUGGGGAACACGUGGAUCAUCUGCCUGGAGUAAAAAUGCUUUUUUUCCCUCUUUGAGAAGUGAAAAGAAGCAUUUAGAGAUAUCUCAGUGUCUCCUUGCCCUUCUCAUUUAUGCCACGUCCUGGCAUAAAUGCACGAGGAACAAAUCACAGCCCGAUCAUUCCGUGCCUCCAGUUUGCACAAUAAAUACCAAUUACUGAGCAACAAACACACAGAGCAUUCAUAAUCCUGGACAGAAAUGAUAAUUCUUAUGAAGAGGUGAUAAAUAGUCACAUGAUACCCAGCACUUGUCUUGAAAAAAUGGCCUUUUCCACCUUUUCCCUUGGGUCUGCUCUGCCUUUCCACGUCUGGGGUACAGCUGUGGGAAAGGGUUUGGUUUUAUCAGGAGUCAAAUAACAGACUCCUUGUGAUGUGUAGGAAUAAAAUCCUGUCUUGAGCAUGGUGGAAAUCCAUUUUUAAUUCUCAACAGAAGGGACACUGACAUAGCAGAAAACAAGAUGGUGUAACAAAAUAACAGAAAAAAUGUUAAAUUAACACAGUUAAUAGAAGAAAGAAUAACCAAGUUGCUUGCAAGGUUAGGGGAGGAUAGGAAUGCUUCAGGGAAUAACUCCUUAAAUCCCAGAUGAGCAGCUGGAGAGAAAUGUUGAAGUUAUUAAUGUGCCACUGCCUCUGCAAGUGCUUGAAACUCCUCAGUGGCAAAUAUAAACAGUUUAAAAUUGUACCAGACUUAAGCAGUGACUACGUGAGGCUUUAGACACGAGCCCUUCUCUGCAAGAGGACGUGGUCAGGCCGGCUGUGGGAUCCAAAAUUACACCCCUUACAAAAAAACCUGAAUGGAAGUUAAAUAUUGAGAGUAACCAGCAUCACAUUUGGGUUUUUACACUGCCUUGAUCCUGCAGCAGCUUUGUGGCACUCACAGAACUGCUCUGUGGGCUGAGCUUUAAUUCCUUAGUGCUUGACUGGGAGGGGCAGGGAAUCCACAGUUCCCGGGGAAGAGCAGCAGAUAUUCCAUGUGGGAGGGUGUGAGGGCUCUGCUUUGUACAGGAGAGGGAGCCCUGCACUUCCAGUGGGGAAAAGGAGUGAGGGCAGGAUAUUGCCUGUUCCAAAGGUGUUCUGUGGGAUCAGUGUCCUGGUCUUGCCUCGUGUGGUUUGCCUUCACUCCCAUUAAUCUGUAGAUGUGUUGGAAUUGUGCUGGAGAUGAGGAGUGCUGGCAUCCCAACGUGUGCCCCACACUUUUGAUAAGUUAUUUAAGGAAUUGCAAUCUCAGCUCUGAGAGCACUUUGAUAAACUCACACUGUGCUGCCAGGAGCUGUUGUUUUCUUACCUGGGCCUUGCAGAGCCUCUGCUUGUUCUGGGCAGAACAAGGUCUGUAGGAGUGUCCUGGAGCACCAGUGUCUUGGAUCUCCAGGAGUUGGACACCAGCCUUUGUCCAGCUCAAGCCACUGCUUUCCAUUGCUUUAUAAAUGUGUUGAUUAGCAGCAGUGGAAGUGUUCUGUGAUAGAGUGUUCAGUGCUCAGAAUAAUGACUUACAACAUUUGUGUAUUGGAUAUGAAAGAAAGCCAAUGUUUUCAUGAACAGAAGGUUCAUUUUUUUUCUCUGCUUUUUGGUCUUUACACUUAAGCAGGAAGUUUGUGGAUGUCUCCCUUGGUUUAUGCUUAAACAGUGGAAGGAUCUGUGGAAUUCCUCCCAUUCCCAAUCCCUGCUGCUCCUGAGCUGUGCACAUGGCUGGCUGUGACACACGUGGAUCCCUGGCCCUUUCCGUGGUCCCUGCUGCCUGGAGAUCUGCUCCAGGAGCGAGGAGUCUAUGGCUCUGAUUAAACACGUGGCUGCUGGCCAGGGAGGUUGUGUUGUGCAGGCUCAGCAGUUUGCUCCCAGUGCAGCUUUGCCUGAUGCUGUGCUGUGAGUGCCUGGGGAACUCAGGGCCUGCAUUUUGCAUGUUGAAGCUGUCGCAUGCCAAGAGCAUUUCCCGGUUUGCAGAGUGGGACGGGAAUGUGUCUGUCACCGCCCGGCAGGUCACAAUACAGCGAGGGGAGUUCUCUGCUAGGGUCAGUCAGCUGGGCUUGCAUCUCAUCAUUGUUUUUGCUUCCCAGACAUGCAGAGAUGUAGGGUUGGCGUGGCUGAGAAUGACCCAUAUCUGACUGUGCUUUGCAAGUAAUGCCUGUUCCAAAUGCUGAGGUGAAUGGCAGUGAGUGCAGCUGAGUAGGCACUUGCAGUGAGUUUCUUCUGUCCCUCUCCUCUGUCCUUUCCUCUUAAAAACAACCAAGAAGUGUUUAUAUAUCCUUUUGCUCCCCUAAUGAGUAGAAUGUAUUUAAUGCAUGAGGGGUUUUUUUCGUGUCCUGAUGAACACAAUGAAUAACCUGAAAUGCUUUUCUCUGCAGAUGUGGAAGCUAUCCCAGAAAGCAGAAAUUCAAAAAGCAGGUCUAGGGAGCAACAAAGCUCCUAAUUCUAUUCCCCACUACAUGAGCUGUGGGCCAAGUGGUGAGUUUCCUGCCCAGACUGUAAAUGAGAUGAAUUUCAUUUACAACAAACUAACAGCAUUACAUCUCAGACCCAGAGCACAUUGCAUUAACCAGAUGUAAAUACUGCUUUGCUUAACUGGCUUCUCUCGCGCUCACCGGUUAGGCCAGGACUGACUAGUUAGGCCAGGACUAGUGGCCCUCAGGAGGGAACCUCGUCCCGUUCAGCCUUUUUGCCUGUAAAAAACGCCAUUUCUUUCGAUUUUUUUUUUUUUUUUUACCACAUCUCACUAAGAAGGUCCAAAGAAAAACCCCAUUAAGAACCAGCAGCGAAGUCAGUUGUUAGAAAGGGAGCAGGUAAAUCCCCCAGGUGUGGAGUGGCCCCCAGGCCGUGCCUUUGUGUGCUGCUCUGAGCUCCCUGAGCCCCUGUGCUGCUCUGAGCCCCUGUCCUGCAUGCUCUAGUGCUGUUAGUUCUGUUUGUGCUCACCUCUGUGUUGUGCCUCUGCUCCUGCAGCUUUUUCUCACGUUCUUUUCUCUUUCUGCCUUUCGACUGCACACAGAGAGAAAAGUGUCCUUCAGUAUCUCAGUGUGAAGCCUUUAUAUCUGAAGUAACAAGACAGCGACUGUAGGAGUCAUUAAUAAAAACUAAAAAAAAAAAAAUUGAGGGAAUUUUGUACAUCCUUCGUGACUAGAGCAGGCAAGACAUAAAAACCUACCUUCCUUCCUUCCUUCCUUGAAUCAAGGAGCUCUACUGGAGUCUACUGCCGAAAAUGUGUAGAUGGGCUUAGGAAUUAUUGCACAUUGCACUGUUAAGAUCUACUGAAUAAAGGACAGUUCUCAUCUCCCUAAGGACCGAGGAUUUUAAGGUCUCAAGAAUUACUCCAGGGAAAAACAAACAAACAAACAAACAAAACAAACUUCUUUCAUCUUCUGUUUUUGAAAUUAGCCACUGAUUUGCUUAAGCUUCUGCUAAUAAUUAGCCAAAAACCCCCAUAACUGGCAGUUUUUCUUUACGUCUGUAAAUCUAAAGGAAAUGCUGUAGUAUUUUGUUGAAAUGGACUGUAUAUACAGAUACAAAAACCUCACAGCUACUGGCACUUCACUGCCUUAUUUGGUUUGCAUAAUCUGCAUGAAAUUGCUCUUAAAAAAGAAAAAAAAAAAGUUUAUGCUGACUUUUUGUUGCAUACUGCAAGAGAAAAAAAAAAUUUGUUUACAUCCAUGGGAAAGUUGGGGAACUAACAGAAGUGGGAGUCAUGGGAUAAUGGUGUUAUAGAGAAACUGUUUGUCUUUUGUGUUUUUCACCUUCCCGAGUUACUCUGUAUGUUCAGAUGUUUCUGACAGGAAAUUGUCAGGUCUGAGUUUUCUAUAACGUUUAUUUUAAUAUAAGGCUGUUUUCCACAAAUGCCAUUUCCAGGUUACGACUGUCUUACGAUGUUUGUGUAUUGACUAAUUUUUAUUUUAUUUUUUUUUUUUUAUUGUUUGUCUCUUGACAUGAGCUGAUUGUGGCUUAGGAGGUUUCUUGAUGGCAAAAAAAGAAAUGUAAAUAAUAUCAUAUGCAUUUUACAAUCAGUUCCCUUGAAGGUUCUCUUUUACUAGAUCCGUUUUUGUUCGUUCUUGAUUUCUAUUAAAGUCAACAGACGUUCUUGGUA